UUAGUCGGCGCCUACGGCAACAGAUGUGGAAGACAUCUUCCCUUCUGUCACAGGAACGACGACGAUAACAACGACAAAUGUGGUGGGAAAAAGCAAAAAGAAAGGAUGUCUUGGGGGGCAAGCGGCUAGAUGUAAAGGCGUGUGCAGCCUUUCGUGCCCUUUGGCAACAGCAUAUCGUAUUUUCUAACAUAAAUGAAAAAAAGAAACUACAAAAUCAAAUAAAAUAGGCUUUGAGAAAAGAGCGAUUCAGCAGAGGCAGGCUUAAAAGAGCAGCUUAGUGCUUCUUUGGGAACGCUUUAAGAAAGAAAGAAAGAAAGAAAGAAAGAAAGAAAGAAAGAAAGGAAGAAAGGCUGUGGGUAUUCGUGACCAUGGCAGACACUGUGAAAAGACGAACGGAGACAUCGCGACCUGCUGGCCCGGCCCCUGGAGUACAUAUGUUUGCGAGCGCUCAUCCCCUAGACCUUCCCCCGCUUUCUCGCCUGCGUUCUGCCACCUCACUACAGAAAAAUGAAAUAGAAAAAAAAAAUAACAAGACAAAAAAAAGCAGCUGAUACUUUGCUCGCGCAGCUCUAGCAGCUAAGCUGUUCGGUCGGCUGAGUGCGCGCACUAUUCCUCGCACCAUUGCCUCUCUUCUGUCUGUGUUGAUUCAACGUACAGGCCAAACGUGCGGGUGUGAAGUGCCUUGCAGAGCACUAUGCCACCGUCUGACGCGCGGAGUCUCCGGGGUUUGCGUAUGCUGCCGGUAGCGUCGGUUUUUCUGGCGUUGUGUGUGCUAGCCGCCUCUGGACGCUGUCCUGUGCUACGAACUGCGGCUCAAGUGGACUGGUCAGCGCUCGCAGGCAAGUUCUGGCUCGAGAUCGCCACCAACCCUCCCAUCCAUCAGUGCAUCGUGAGGGCCUACUACCCGCGACGAGCCACUAUGAUGUGGUAUCGACUCGAAGGAUACGGAGGAGUGGUAAUGAAGAAGAAGCAGUACAACUUCUUCAUCGAUCAGGACGUCCAGUACCUGCAAAGAGACGGAAGGUUCUUUCAGCAGAUACUGGACACCGACAACGAGUCCUGGGCCCUCGUUCACGUGUGUUCCAAAAACGACGGCAAGUCCAAGAUCCUGUUCACCACCCUGGAACCGUGGACCAUGAUCCCCGUGGAAGUGCAGCAGCGGGUCACCGUGGCGCUCCACACGGCGGGGCUGCCCAUGCUGCCGCUGGUGCAGUCCCAAUGCGUACCGCACCGGGAGCUUAUCCCGAGUAGUGACUACGGGAAGUAAAGGAGACGCCGCCGCACUGAGUGUCUCGCUCGCAUUUAUGCACGCAGUAAUUAGGUGCAACGGAAUCGCUUUAUUCGAACUAUCGCUUUACCCGAAGUUUCUCGCUCCUCCGACCACUGCGCAUGCAUUUUAGCCCAGAUAUAAGUCCAAGUGCAGCGGGAAAUUUGCGCGGGAUCGUGCGGUGCAGCAUACCAUGCAGUUCAGUGCGAUGCCGGACGCAGGGGAGUCAAGUCUCAGUCAAGAGUGCCAGCCUUACGCCCGACGCCUUCUACGUAAUAUUUUUUUUUUUUUGAAGGCAAAUACUCCUGACACGCAAUCUGCUGAGGUGGAUUGGUGCCUUUGGGACUGCGCUGCUAAGCACGAGGUAGCGAGAUCGACUACCAACUGCACUUCGAUGUGGGCGAAAUGCAAAAACGCUUGUGUACCGGGCAGAGUUGCGGCGUGGCAACUCCGGAAUCGGAAUGGUUCCAGAAUCAUUCCGCAUUUUUCAAACACCCGGAAUGGAAUGGAAUAACGGUACUCGUCGGGAAGAUGGAAUGGUAGCCCGUGAUUCCGGAAUUGAGCUGAAACAGUAUGCGCACAUAUCCCUUGAGCGCUAGCUAAACAUUGAUUUUCAGCGAUGCUACAAAACAUGUAAAUUUACCAAUUAGACUAAACUGGAUGUUCGUCAAUUUAUUUUAUAUAUAUUUUUACUUAAUACUGGCUCUUUUAGUAUAUCUAUACGUUUCGGUGACUACCACUCCUGCGGUGUGAUUAUCAACAACACAACAUUCUGCACAUUCUACUCUGCUUAAGAGCUAGAAACUUUUCUGUUGCAAGGUUUAAAUUCACUUAAAGAAGGCAACCUUUAGUAGUCAAGAAUUAUUUGAUUUAGCUUGACUUUGAACUUGAAGGAGACACAAAUGAUGCAUCCUGCGCGAUUCCAAUGCGAUUUGGAACGUGUGCCAUUUUUUUGGACAACGUCAAGCAUCCGAAAGGCACGAUAACAGCUGGUCAGAGAGGUGUGCUAGAAAACAAAUGGUGCCCUGUUAAUAUGCCACCAAAUGUGAAACAACAGCAUCCUGCGAAACAUAUAAGUGUGUUUCACUUUUAAAUGUUAGUCAUCAAAGUGAAAAUAAUAGCAUGUACCAGAAAAGAUAGUACGUAACAUUAUUUGUAGGGUUGUGCAAACAUUUGAAGACUUCGAAUGAUGAAUCGAAUGCGGUCCUCUAAUUGGAUAGUCACCACUUAAUUAGGUCUUCGAAUUGAAUAGACUACUUUUGAAAAUCCGAAUAGUUUUGGAAUACUUUACUUCAUUGACUGUACAUGAUCAAACACAAAAUUGAAGCAAGAAUGAGACAACUUUUAUCUCAUCCACAGUGGACAUAACAAGGAACAGCACGCAGCAUCGCUCAGAUAGGCAGACUUUUCCGGUAAACACAAUCGCUCGCAAAAA